AUGGACAAGGAGGCUGUGAGGAAGAGGAAGAUGCCCUGGAACACCCAGGCAGACAAGGAGUUGAGGAUGGAGACCAGGGAGGACAAAUCCCCACAGCAGAACCUCGUGGAAGAGGCUGUCUUGAGUGGCUCCACAUUGCAGGAAUCCAAUGGGGAGGAAAAGCUUCAGAGAUCCCGCAGGAGGAGGAGAUCCAAACCCAGCCCAGGGUGCUCUGAGGAGGAAAGACCCACCCUGUGCCGAGAAGGCGGCCGGAGAUCCAGCCGGGCCUCUGAGCUGGUGGUCCAUGAGCAGCUUCAGGAUGGGGAGAAGUGCUACAAGUGCUUGGAGUGUGGGAAGAGCUUCAGCCAGAGUAACAAACUGAUCUGCCACCAGAUGAUCCACACUGGGGAAUGGGCCUACGUGUGUGGGGAAUGUGGGAAGGGCUUCAGCUGCAACUCCAAACUCAUCCGUCACCAGCGCAUUCACACAGGGGAGAGGCCCUACGAAUGUCUCCAGUGUGGGAAGAGGUUUAGGAGCAGCUCAGAUCUCCUCAGGCACCAGCCGAUUCACACAGAUGAGAAGCCCUUCCGCUGCCCCAACUGCAGGAAAGGCUUCAAGCGAAACUCCCACCUCAUCAGGCACCAGCGCAUUCACACUGGGGAGAGGCCCUACAAAUGUGGGGAAUGUGGGAAGAGCUUCAGCCAGAGCUCCAACCUCAUUAUCCACAAAUGCAUCCACACUGGGGAGAGGUCCUAUGAGUGUCCUCAGUGUGGGAAGACCUUCUCCAGGCACUCUCACUUGACCCAACACCAACGGAGGCACCAGGGGGAAAGACCCACCCUGUGCCGGGAAAGCGGCCGGAGAUCCAGCUGGGGCUCUGAGCUAGUGGUCCAUGAACAGCUUCAGGAUGGGGAGAAGCCCUACAAAUGCUUGGAGUGUGGGAAGAGUUUCAGCCAGAGCUCCCGCCUGAUCCGCCACCAGAUGAUCCACACUGGGGAAUGGGCCUGUGAGUGUGGGAAGUGUGGGAAGGGCUUCAGCCUCAGCUCCCACCUCAUCAUCCACCAGCGCAUCCACAGUGGGGAGAGGCCCUACGAGUGUCCUGAGUGUGGGAAGAGGUUUCACAGCAGCUCCAAUCUCAUCCUGCACCAGCGGAUUCACACGGAUGAGAGGCCCUUCCGCUGCCCCGACUGUGGGGAGGGCUUCAAGCAAAACUCCCACCUCAUCACCCACCGGCACAUCCACACUGGGGAGAGGCCCUACGAGUGUGGGGCAUGUGGGAAGAGCUUCAGCUGCAGCUCCAGCCUCAGUACCCACAAACGCAUCCACACUGGGGAGAGGCCCUACAAGUGUCCCCAGUGUGGGAAGAGCUUCUCAGUCAGCUCUAACUUGACCAGACACCAACGGAGGCACCACUAAGGGAAGCCCUGCAAGUGCCACAAAUGCAGGAAGAGCUUUGUCCACUGCUCUGGCUUCAUCCCCCCUUGGAGGACCGAGGUUAGGAAGAGACCUGGUGAUCUAUGUUCCCUGUGA